AGAGAGAGAGAGAGGGGGGAGAGAGAGUCAAUAAUGACAUACAUGGGUGAGGAGGUCAAUAGUAAAAUAAGGCAAAAAUAAAUGAUAGGAGAGAGUAAGUCAGUGAUGAAACAAAGGAAAGAGUAAAUAGGGAAACAGUUCAAUAGUGAAAUAUGAGGCUAAGAUGAACAGAAACAGAGAGACUAAAUAGUGAAAUUAGAGUGAGAUAGUGAGUCAUUAUUGAACCAAGGUGUAUAAAAGAUUAAGUAAAUAGAUUAAGUAAAAGGAGAUAUAGUAAAUGUUAUGUAAAAGGAGAUAUGUCAGUACUAAACUUUAUUAUGACAAUUAAAUGACUAUUUGAAGGCAUCGUAGAACGUUGUGGACAGCUUGGUACAGAAAUCAUUCCCAGUUUUUGAUGUUUGAUAUACAACUUUAACUUAUAUUUUACUGCGUUCUUUCCAUUGUUUAGAGACUGAAAUUAUUUACAUGCGAUGCAACAAAAACUGUUUUGUUGGCCAGCUUUUAUGUAUUCUUUUAAAAAUAUAUACGAACCGCUAAAACUAAUUGUUUAUCGUUUCCAUUUUGUAUUCAUUUAUGACAACUAUAUUGCAAAUCGGAAGUAUAGUACAAAUGAAAGCAGGAUGGAAAUGCAUAUAAGUUGAAAGUCUAGGAAAUUCUGUGAUCUAAAAAAUCUUGAAUAGCUUGAAUGUUUUUCGAAAUGUGUGUUCUUAGAUUUAAUGACAGUCGGGUAACAUUUUUUGGUUUAUUUCACAUGAUUUUUGUACUAAAAUCGUUUUGUACAAUUAGUGCAAAAUAAUGUAAAAGUAUUCUCAAAAAUUUCACAGGAAAUGCGUUACUUAUGGUGGGGCAAGAAUAAUUUUAGAGUUUUUGUAAAUGGCAUUAUGUUCUAAAUCGUUUAAGUUGAUCGUUUGUAGUGUGAUUAUUUUAGCCCUUAAAACUUCUCUACUUCUAAUCUACUUUUCUUGAAGAUCUAUUCCAGAACCUAUUCGGACCUAUUCUUUUCGUGUUAAAAUUUUUUUUCUAGGUUUUAGCCAUGUGCUGAUCUUUAUUUAUUUAUGGAUGUUUUUGAAGAGUUUAAAAUUUGUCUACAAAAUCUUUGGUCUCUCUAAAGCAGAUAAUAAAGCUUUAAGCUGGUGUAGAGCUGCUCUGAACUCAUUCUAGAAGUUUUUAAAGGAAAUAAAUUGACAGAUGACAGUUGACAAGUAUUUUUUAUUGUCGCAUUUAUAUUUAUUUAAAGAAUUCCAGAACGUGUUCGGACCUAUUCUCUGCGUGUUCAAAAGUUUUCUACAUAUUUUAGACAUGUUGAAUCUAUUUCUUAUUUAUUUAUGGCUGUUUUAGACGUCGUGUAGUGUUAAAGCUUUUAAGAUAGAGAAAUUUUCACUUUAUAAAUCAUUUAAACUGAUAGUUUAUUUGGUAUGCAAGGCUAUUUAAUGUGAAUAGAUUAUUAAUGAAUGAUAAAUUUAUUAAACUAAAUAAUUAAAAAAACAUUGACAAUUGACGUUUUGCUAAAGCACCUUGACAGGUGAACGGUGACGUUUUGCUAAAGAUUAACAACCGCUGCAAAACUAUGCAACACGUUUAGUCAAGGAAAAAUAUAAGAAUGCUGUGCAAAGUUCACUGUGCAAAGUUAAUUUUUGUAGCAUCUUUAAAAUUAUGGAAAAACUAAAACACGAUAUUGUUGGCAAGAUAAUGGGCUCAACUCACCAUUUUCCAUAAGUUAAUGUGAAACAAAUUCUGUUCAGUUUGAAUAAAUGUCAGUGUGAAUUAAAUUCGCUGGUAAGGUCACAUCUUGAUCGAAAACGCCGGGAAUACUAACUGUUACAUCAUUCGUAUGUUAAUUUUCAUUAGUGAGUAUUUCAUAGAAAGAAUUUGGGAAUCCAGACCUGCUCUGCACAUAUUCUAAGCGUUUCUAUGUGUUCUGAGCAUCUUAAAUCUAUUAUAGACUUAUUUAAGCUAUUUUAAACGGCAAGAAGAAGUUAUAAUAAUUUAUUCAUUGUCUAAGAGGAUUUUCUGGUGUUAGACUGAUUAAACAAAGAAAUUAAUAAUCAAAACUUUGAGUUUGAAUGUUGAGAUUGAAAAAUAAUAAGGUUGAAUGAAGCACAUUUAAUUACACCAUUUUUCGGAAUGCACGUAAAGCCGUCGGUCCUGGCUACGAAGUUGGUCGUUAAAUUAUGUUAGGGGUGCGCCAGAAGGUCACACGAACUUUAACUUUAUUAGCAUCUUGGAAACUACAGAAAAUACCAAACUAAAAGGAGGUAAGAAGACACCGGACAUUUCUGUAUCUUUCAAUGGCAUUUUGAUUAAAAGUGUCAGGAAUUUCGUUGUAAAUUUAUUAGCCAUGUGUCAAUUUUCAUUUUAAAUGUCAUCUAUCAGUUUGUUUGUUUUGAAGAAUUCCAGAACAGACAAAGACCUUGUGCACAUUAAUCAUUCAGCCAGUUGCAAUAGAUUUUCUAUCAGACAAAUACACAAUCCUAUCACUAAUACAGAUUUAACGGAUGAUUACUAGAAUUUCUAUGUGUUUAGACGUAUUAAAUUUAUUAUACUCAUUUAUAAUGAAACAAGUUGACAAAUUUGUUAAACUAUUUGUUCGGGGUGUUACUCCGUUGUCUUCUGAGAUUAGUUCUCGACGUUUCGCCAACACUAGGGGUUGGCAUCUUCUGGCGAUGUUACUUCUUCGCUUGUAAGCUGAAACUGAUGCCGCGUUGUACUACGGAGGUCAUAUUUAUAUUUUCUACUCGUCUCCCCUUCACUGGUUUUAGCGUGAGAGGGUGUGCCGUCGUUUGUAGUGGCUUUUCUUUCUUCGUGUUUUGCGGGAAGGGUGUUUGUGGGUUUUAAUACUGGUAUCCAGGUUCUGUUAAUUUUUAGACGAUAGCCGUGAAAGCCUAACGUAUUUUAUCAAGUUGACAAAUAUUUGGCUGCCAAUUUUCAUCUGUCAAUAUAUUUGUAAUUUUGAUCAUUAUCACUUUACACAUUAACUGAAAAAUUGUUUUUAGAAGUUAUCGAAAACUUUUAGCUACCACGUUUAUAAAAAUUAUCUUUGUUAAACAAAUAGUGUAAAAUAAACCAAAAAAUUAUAUUUGCCAAAUAUAAUAUUUGAAUAUCUAAAGAAAUCAAUUAUAUAAGCACAAAAAUAGGAAAUUAGCCCUCUUAUGUAUUAUAGUUAUUCAUGUAUUUAGAGCAAAACGUGCUACAUUAUUGACCUGCAUCAAUGAAGUUGAAUUUUGCUCGUUAUACGCACAAUUUUUUUCUGCGAUCUUUUAAUAAAAAAACUUGUUUUGGCACAGCAACUAUUUUUUUUUUCUAAACUAAUACAGUAAUAGUACCGUAGUUAACUGACAACUUAAACAUUUGUAAACAAAAUGUGCAGUUUGCAAUGGUUUUUAAUAUUAAUUUUCGAUUGCUGUGAUGAUGACUUUCUGUUUUAUCGAUGGGAAGCAAAAACCAUGUUUUUUAAGAGAUCGUAGAAAAAUAAAUAUAGGACAUCACGAUAAUUUAAUUAAGAAUUUUUUACCAGUUUUGGAGAUUAUGUUCUAGACGUGUUAGUUAAAAUAUGAAAAAAUACUUAGGUUAGUAUAUUGGCUACGAUAACUUUUAUUAUUUAACAACUUAAAGUUAUCUAUUACUGAUGCAACUAAUGACAAGAAAUCAUCAUUUUUGUAGUCUUUUUUCCUGUGUGAAGUUGACUUAUUUAAUUUUGUAAUCUUGAGUCUAACUAAUAUUAACUAUUUUCAUGCAUAUAUUUCAUCUACGUCUCCCACCAAGUCUUCUUCGGUCUGCCUGUAUCUCUUGGAGGAAAUAGUCACUUGACAAUUGUUGGUAUUGGCUGAUUCCCAUUCUUGUCAUGGAUAAUAUGCAAAUAACUUAAAAGACUCAAACACAAGACUGCUAGCAAGAGUACGGUCUCUAAUCGACUAACUCCUUUGUAAAUUUCAUUAAAAAUCGAUCCUACUCAUACUUAAAUUAUUCUCAAGAUCAUGCGCUGCUCGAAACAUAAAAAUUCCAUUGUACGCCAUGAUUUAUGUGUCAACUGUCAUUAGUCAGGUUUCAUGUUGAAAAGCUUCUGACAGGUUUGAGGGCGCUUAGAUCGCCGCUGGACAUAUCAUAUAGUCAUAAAUGGUCAUAAAUAUCAGACGCUGAUAAAUGAAAUCCUCUUGAAUCGGUCUAAGAUCUCAGCUGUCGAUAAAUUUUGGGACUAUUUUAAUCUAUUUGACAGUUUAAACAAAGUUUAUGUCUAGCUCAACAAAAGAAGAGAAGCAAAUGACAGUUAAUAUGACAGUGGAUAGUUAAGGCAAUAUUUUACUCUGUAAAUCUCAAUAAAGAGAUCUAAAUUUGAUUCUGCCUAGUCAAACAUUUAAGAAUUUUGGUAUGACAUCAUGAUUUAUGUCUCAAUUGAACAUUUUCAUCUCCUAACUGCCAAUUGUCAGUCUGAUUCUCUUGCAUCAUUCUUAAAACUCAGCUCUUGAUCACCUUUGGGUAUAUUUAAAUAUAUUUCAGACUGGUUAAAUACUGUAUAGGACUUACUCAAUAAGAAGUAGAAUAACAAAUUACCUUUAAUGUUACAGUAAGACACGAUUGAUGACGUUUCGGAUUUUAGAAAAUUUUCAGUCCCAUUUCUUUGUUGAUUCUUAACAUUUUUAUCCAAAUAAAGCUAUUUUGUAUUUGGUGCUUCAAUAAUUAAGUAUAGUCUUUUUAUAUUAAAAUUUUAACAGUAAAUUCCAAUUUUC